AUGUCCUGGCAGUCCACUUGCUAUUUCGUCGAAGGAAUCGUCUCAAUUCCACUUUAUCUCCGUAUUUUGUUCCUUUUAUGGCAAUUUCGCAAGAAAUUCAUCACCUACAAGUCACCGUACUACACUUUGAUCUUGUCGCAGGUAAAAAAAAAUCCUAGUUUUUUUUUUUUGGUCCAAAACAUUGCUGUCUCUCAUUCGAAGCGGUAGCGACGCGGUUGAGCGCGAAAUUCAAAAAUUUUAUUUUUUCCGCUUUCAAAACGGUACUGUCUUGCGUGGGUGGAACAAACUAUGUUUCAUAUAAAAAAAUUCAUUUCUUCAUUAUUUUUUUUGGAGUAAAAAGGAACCCGGGUCCAUAAAAAAAUAAACCGACUCAAGAUUUUCAGGGAGUGAUGGACAUCCUGAGCUGGUUUCUCUUUGCAAUAUUGAUAGUCGGCCGUCAAAUUCGACCCAUCGGAGAGGUCCUAUUUGCCGUGGAUCAUUACAAAGUCGCCUGGAUGAUCAAUAGUCAGGCCACUUUUUUAUUGAUUUCUCGGGCCGUCGGCGUCGCUUUGAUAUCUAUCCAAAAGAUAUUUGGUUAUUUGCAACCCGAGUUCCAAGGCUGCCUCGGUUUGUUUUAUUUUAAUUAUUUUUUUGAAAAAAAGAUGUAAUAUUUUUGGAAAAAAAUUUCAUUGCAAUCUUGAAGUACUAGUUGAAUUUCGAAAACAUUAGAAAGAUAGGUAAAAAACAAUAGAAAUUAAAUUUUGCUGGGUUACGGUAUUGAUUGCGACCGCACACACAGUGAGUGAACUCGCGGAAAAUGCGCAUCGAAAAAAAUUGGGAAUUUCAAUAGUUUACAAAGUUUUUCUCGGUGAUUUCGAGUAAUUAUUUGAAUUUUAUUCGUUUUUUUGAAAUUACAUGUUGGUUUUUGCUGCUAGUUUUUUUGUAAAGAUUUUUUUCAGGAAAUCGUCCCGUUUUUUUCAAAUGAAAAUGUCCAUUUUUCAUUUUUUUCGAUUUUCGUGUUAUUUUUUUGAGGUUUCUAUUUUUUUCAUGAAUAUCCGAAGAUAACUAUUUGAAAAAAAGUAAUGGCUCAAAAAUAUCACAUUUAUGCAAUUUUUAUCAAAUAAAAUAUGACGAUUGCUCUUUUGCUCUUCACAAAAGCUCAAAAUCAACAAGAAUUGCAUCAUCAUCGCUUCAUAUUACUAUCAAUCAACUAAUAACCCGGAAAGAUCAAAAAUGAGAGUUUUUCUUCUUCCGUAAACACCUUUUCACCUGUUUCAAAUGAAUUGCAAAAGUGAAAAUUACUCAUUUCUGUUCAUUUGUUCUCUAAACAUUAAUUAAGGUUUCGAUAAACUUUUGAUUUAUCACUUCUCAUUAACCAAUUUGAAGACGGGAUCAGAAAUUAAAUCUAGCUUCUUGAAAACAAAUUGUCGAGAUCCAAAUUGAGGAAGUAGUUAUGUCAGCUUUUAUACUUUGGAACCCCAGAGUGAUCCCUAGAGGGGCUAGGGCGAAAACCAGCGUUUACAAGGGACAAAAAAGUGUCCCCUAUCAGGGCAAAAUUUAGGUGGUUCUUAUAGAGGAUUGGGGUCCGAUUCUUAAGACCUGGAAGCUUGAGUGUUCCCUGUAAGGGUGUUUUGAUUUUUUUGUCCAGGUUUUGAGUUUUAUAAAGAUGUAAAAGGACCACUAGAGUGGCCACUUUUGCAAGCUUCAGUGCUCCUCAUAAGGUUAGGUAAAGGGACCCCUAGAGAGGAAGCGUCAAUUAUCCUAAAAAUAGCCCCUAUAAGGACCACUCUGACGUCCCUAACUCACUGAUUUGUACAUUCAAACGUCAUUAAAAAUAGAAAAUGCCACAAGAUGUCUGUUGAUAUUCUCUCAAUUUAUCAAUUAAUUCACGGAAAAGACCAAAAAUGGAAAUAAUUGCUCUUGCAAACAGAUUUCUGUAUUCCUUUGAUUUUUUGAUUCCUGUCAAAAAAUGAUACUUUUUUUUCAGAUUUUCAUCGACCGGCCCCCUUGGCAAUGGACCUUUCUUCACUUUUUCGUGCCAAUUAUUAUUUCUCUGCCUAUUAUUAG